AUGGAGGAGCGUGUGGUAGCCCUAGAAAAGGAAAAAACUGCUCUCGAGGAGGCACUCGUUGCUGCCCGUGCUGAGGCGAAGAACCAUGCCGAGGCAGCCGAGGCUGCUCGCCGGGACGCACUUGCUGUGGAGAAGGCCAAGGAAAAUGCUGAAAAAGCUAAAGCUGAAGCCGAAGAAGCUCGGAGGGUUACCGAAGCUCAACGUGCCCGUGGGAAAGAUGUUGUUCAGCGAUGGCACACCGCUAUCAACUCCUUCGCAGAUUUGGUGCAAACUGACAUUCACGGCCUGCUCGCGAAGUUCGCUAUUGACCCUCCGGAGAUAUCGCAAGAGGAGAACAUCGAAGUGGCGGAGCUCUUCCACUGGAUCCGUGCCUCCAUGGCGAUGGCCAGAUCUGGCGCAGACUUCAAAUGCGAGCUGUCCGCUAGGGUUGCAGCACGUACUAUUAGUGCUGCCGUCUGCCGUUUGCUUCCAGCGGAGAGCAGUGCCUCUUCGACGGGCAUCGUGAAGGCUCAGCUGCGACUUCUUCGGGACUCAUGUUUUGAAUGGCCUUCGCUGGACUCCUUGCACCCCGAAGCCCUUUCUGCCCUGCCGAAGAAUAUCGCCAAGAACUUCGCGAAGUACUUCCAUGAAAAGGGGUGGCUACUUGUCGAUGUUGAGCUGGAGCGCAUGAAAGAUCAGAAAUCUUCGCUCGAGGCUUCCUUGGCGAGGCUGAAGCCGGCAACUUGUGCAGCGGCGCUCCCGGUGGCGGCGAAGACGGAGCCCCUGGUCAUGGCGAGGGCGAAGAUGGCGGGGGGCAAGCAGAUGAUGCGCCGAAGAUCGGCGAGGUGUGAUGACUGA